AUGUCCGAACGUAAGGUCCUAAACAAAUACUUCCCGCCCGACUUUGAUCCGUCCAAGAUCAAGCGGCGCAAGGGCGGCGUCAAGGACCCGCAGAUCCAGGUUCGUCUGAUGGCGCCGUUCUCGAUGCGGUGUAAGCGCUGCGGCGAGUAUGUCUACAAGGGCAAAAAGUUCAACGCGAGGAAGGAGACGGCCGUCGGGGAGGAGUACCUCGGCGUCAAGGUGUUCCGGUUCUACAUCAAAUGCCCCACUUGCUCGUCCGAAAUCACGUUCAAGACUGACCCAAAGCAAGGCGACUUUAUCGUGGAACACGGCGCGACGCGCAACUUUGAAAACUGGGCCGAGAACGACCCGGGCAACAAGGCGGGCUAUCUGCCCGAUGCGGCCGACGACGACGAGUACGACAGCGAGGGCAAUGCGCGCGAGGACAAGGCAGCGCGCGACGCGAUGGCAGAUCUCGAGGCGAGCCAAGAAGCCUCCCGGCGCGAGAUGGAGGUGAUGGAGGAGCUUGCCGACCUGCGCCAGCGCAAUGCGCGUCUGGAGACGAGCAGGGUAGGCGACGACCCCGAGGCGCUGCUGGACGCGCUGCACCGCGAGCGCGCGAACAAGGAGGCCGAGGCGCGGCGGGCGGCCGAGGACGCAGAGGACGACGAGCUCGUAGCCAAGGUGUUUACCAAGGUCGCUACCAAGACAGCGGCCGAGGUCGAGGCGGAGGAGGACGCGCCUGCUGCCGCAGUGACGAUCAAGCGCAGCGCCAAGGCGUCCGCGGGCGAGCCGACCGUCGCUGCGCUGCUCGCGGCCAAGGGCAAGGUCGCCGAGCCGGCCGCCAAGGCACCGGUCGCGAACGCUGCCGCUGCCAAAAGGAAACGUGAGGGCAUGCAGAAGCUGCUCGGGAUUAAGAAGAAGGCCAAGGCGUAGUAGAUAAGGAGAGGGUAGCAUAGCAGAUGUAUCAGUAUUCCAGCA